AUGAAGUUGCCUCUUUUUUUGAUUCUCACUGUCUGUGUGUCGAAAGCAGUCGCUUUCGGUCUCUAUGGCUGCUACGAGCGACUCCUGUACUGGCAGGCUUACCAGAUGGACAGCGGAUCCAAGAAGAAACGGAUCGCGCCGGCCUGCUCCCGAGAUGCAAAGACCGCUCAGGUCGUCGGGCCCGUCACUGGAGGGCGCUGCAACCUCCGUCAAUUCCUUUAUUACAUCACGGAAAACGAGGUGGAGAAGGGAAUCAUCGCAGACAAGAACAAACUCAAGGACGCGGACCUGGAGAAAGAAAAAUCCGCUCUGGAUGAGGUGGCUUCAGCGAUGUACAAGGCUAAGGUUGGGAGGACUUACAACCCGGGGCGGAUCUAUCAGGGUCUGGAGGCGAAUUCAGGCAUUCAUGAACUUAUUGGGAACAUUGCCGCGUUCAUUGAGCAGAAAGGCUGGUUAGAAGAGGAAAACGGCAAGCCGAGCCAAACAUUAUUUGAUCAGGCCGAAAAGGCCCGCAGCAGAGUUGAAUUCGGGCGAAAGGCCAGCGGCGCCCGGGAUGUAGGAGACGAGAUUCGGAAACGCUACGAUCGAGAGGUUUGGGACAAGCAGCCAAAGAAUAAGAACGGCGAGAUCGACAAGGAAGCCCCGUUGGUCGAUGAGGGGCUGGUCAAGGAGAAAUUGGCGAUUCCUGAGGGAGGGGUUGAGGGAUGGCCUACUUGCGACCUGGAAGUUGCCAAAAACUCGGUCAAUGCCGCAGAGGCCGCCGCGGGCAGGGGACCAAUGAAGUUGAAUAAGGAUUUCAUCGGCCCUUGGAGAGAUAGGGAGACAGCGCACGUGUUGAACAUUGACGCAGCGAAAGACGCAAAGCUCAAAAUCAACAGUUGUUCGGCAUGA